ACUCGUCGCGGUAGGCCAUCUGUAGCAGCCAUGUUCGCCCUCUCGAACCUGGUGCAGAAGGCUCAGCAGUUCAUCGAACCGACGCUCAACAUAGCUGGACCUACCACCUCGAAUCAACGUCCAACGAAAGCCACACUCUUCCGCCACCAAUUCCGCCUCCCCGAUUCCCAGAAUCCCCUGCAAGAGAUCACCGCCGAACUCACUCUCUCCCCCCACCACACAACGCGGGGCUCCUCCGAUGAUCCGGACAAGGAGCGAAGUCAGGGCAACCACUACGUUGGGAAGCUACAUCUUAGCGAACAGUACCUUUGCUUCUCCACCCAAGCCUCUAGCUUCGCCAACACUGCGAGCUUGAGUUCCUCUAGCAGCUUCACUGGCCAGACCCACGGAACGGGCCCUGCAGGGAAUGGCUUUACACUGCCGCUGUGCGCAAUUCGGAGGGUGGAACGGCUACAUAGCCAAAGUUACAUGUUUGCUUUGGCUAUAACCACGUGGAAUGGUAUUCCGGAUGUCAAGGGAAAACCUCCCAGUGGGCAGAAGCUUACCAUCCAGCUUGCCGGGUCCCGACCAGCUUGUGAGCGGUUCUGUGAUGGACUGAAAAAGGGUCUUCGGGAAGGAGUCAAGGAGGUAGAGAACCUCAGAAAGAUCGUCCGCGAUUGUUACACCGAAUAUCUCCUUGAUCUGGAUGACGACAAGAAGGGUGGUGGGGAACAAGCAAAAACGACCAGAGAACACCCUGAUACGGGCCUCGGUCUGAUAUUCAGAUACCCUGGAAAUGCCAGGAAAUUGAGAGACGCAACUAAAAUCAGACUGUGGAAAGAGUAUCUUCGAGAAAACGGACGUAACGUCACACUCAUCCGACAGCCUACCUUCCACAAACUCAUCCGAGUUGGUCUCCCCAACAGACUACGAGGUGAAAUAUGGGAGCUUUCUUCUGGCUCAUUCUUCCUUCGCUUACAAAACCCAAAACUUUAUACCGAGACGCUGGCCCGCUUUUCAGGUCGAGACUCGCUUGCCAUAGACGAGAUUGAGAAGGAUUUGAAUAGAAGUCUUCCGGAAUAUCCAGGUUUCCAAAGCGAAGAAGGAAUCGGCAGGCUGCGCAGAGUCUUGACCGCUUAUAGCUGGACAAACACUGACGUUGGUUAUUGCCAAGCAAUGAAUAUUGUUGUGGCCGCUCUGCUCAUCUACAUGUCUGAAUCACAGGCAUUUUUCCUACUUUCCAUUCUGUGUGACCGCCUUUUGCCCGGCUACUACUCCACAACCAUGUAUGGCACUCUGCUGGACCAGCGAGUUUUUGAGUCACUGGUGGAGAAGACCAUGCCGAUAUUGUGGGAUCACCUUGUCAAGUCUGACAUCCAACUUUCUGUUGUAUCAUUACCCUGGUUCCUUUCGCUCUAUAUCAACUCCAUGCCACUUGUUUUCGCCUUUCGUGUAUUAGACGUUUUCUUUCUCGAGGGCCCUAAGGUUCUGUUUCAAAUCGGGCUGGCAAUUCUCCGUAUCAAUGGAGAGGAAUUGCUGGACGCCGCUGACGAUGGCACUUUCAUCUCAGUGCUCAAAUCGUACUUUGCUAGGCUGGAUGAAUCCGCGCACCCCAAAUCUGAGAAUCCAAAACUCCGCGCGGUCACGAGGUUCCAGGAACUCAUGGUUGUGGCAUUCAAGGAGUUUGCAGGUAUAACCCAGAACACCAUUUCCGAACAACGUUCAAAACACAAAGGCGCAGUCCUCGAGAGCAUUGAAAGUUUCACGAAGCGUACAUCGAUUAGGAAUCUUGGGCCAGAAAGCAAAAAGUUGAGUGUGAACGAUCUGGGUUUUCUCUACGAUAGAUUCUACCAGGUGCUGUAUGAUCGAGAGCAACGUGCCGAGAUCAUGCACCAAGAGGCGGAACGGAAAGCGAAAGCGGGGAAAAGCAAAGCCACUGAGAUUGUGGCUGGAUUUUCCGCUGGCAAUGUAGAGAAAGGAAGGGUUGCGCUUGGCCCAAGCCCAACACAGAUGGACUACGAUGGGUUUAGAGAGUUUCUAGCAAGUAUUGCAAAAUGGGCGAUCACCGACUCACCAAGCUCGCCACCAGAGUCGAAUGGCGCCUCGCAUUCAUAUUUUGGCGGCAGUACCAGGAGCCGACCGUCCAUGUCGCCCUGGGGAUCAGGUCCGGAACCCGCAGAGCACGACUUCAUGAGACGGCUGUUCCGACGCUGGGAUACAGAUAUGGGUGAUUCUUUAUCUUUGCAGAACGUUGUAGCAGGGUUCGCAGCGGUCAAAGGUUCCAGCGACAUCAUGUCGAACAUUAGCUACUUUUUCGAGCUCUACGAUGAUGAUGGCGACGGUCGGGUUGACCGUGAAGGCAUCUUAAGAAUCUCCGAGGCUCUGCUGUUCCUAUCUCGAAGAGGACUGAACGAGGCGAGCCCAUCCCAAUCGUCGAGUGACAUUACGGCUGCCGACAACCCGGAAAGAACCACCCGCGAUGAACAAUUUCUCAGCAGUGUCUCUGCUUUUAUCAGACGCUGUUUCGAGUAUGCUGAUCCAGACCAUCCUUCUAAUCAAGGGAACGAUUCGGUCGGCGCAGCAAAGGAAGACCUCGACAGCUUUGCCAUCGGCGAUGAUGAGGACGACCUCAUGGACUUUCCCCCUGAACCCGAGUCCCCGGCCAAAGAUAAGCUUAAGUCACCGGUAACGCAAGACAAGCCUAAGAACACGGAAGAUGAACAUCUGGCGCCUUUGGAGAGAACUACUUCGGCCGAAUCUAAUGUUUCCGGGAGGACAGAGAAGGCCAAAGCCGCCAACGCCGCUUUGGACCCCAACAAGCCACUAUACAUUACUCUACCGACCUUCCGUAUGGUGAUUCUGGCUGAUGAAAUCCUCGAACAAUUUUUUGAAGUUGGCUUCUCGUCUUCCUUCCGUCUCUCUGAUACGCCACUAGCAAAUUCUGGAAGAUCUAGUUCUGCUAACCUGACCACGUUCUCCAAUGCUGGAAAGCAAGUCGCUGCCGCUUCAGCAGGCAUGGGCGGUGUCAUUGGUGGCGCCGGGGCAGGCAUCGUACCCCCAGGAAAAGGAUUGAGGGGUAUGUUAGACAACAUUGUCAGUGACGGCAUGCGUGUUGCUGCGGAGGUUCGACGGAGAAUGGAUGAAGCACAGCAAGAAAUGGACAAGGAGGCAAGACAUAGCCGAGAGGAUGAAGACGAAGAAGAGGAAGCGCACGCCAAAGAUGCCGAUUUACUCGAAGGGGCUGAGACGGCUGGUGUAGAUGCAGCAGCGAAGGAAGCCAUUCCAGAUCUGCUCUCUCCAGAUGGAGGAGCGAGCGUGGGCGAGGUCAAGACCACCCGGAAUAGAACUGCCAGCGAUGCGAGCAGAAGGGUAUUGGAGUUUGAGCGAUAG